GUUAAAGUAUGGAAAGAAAAAUUAUCAGUUUUUAGUUCUAAAUAUACUCCAAUUCAAAACUCUUGAGAUCAUCAUCAUUAAAACCCCCAACUUCCCCACAUAAAAACCUAAUUUGUCAAAAAUUUAAUAGAUUCAUGUGAAUGCACUCCCCAACUUCCACCAAUUCAUAAACCUCAAAACCCCUUAUUUCUUCCUUAACUUCACCUCAGCAAACUCUUUAAAACCCUUGUUUUUCCAGAUCUAAUUUUCAAAAAUGGCAACUUUCACUCCAUGGAUAAUUCUGUCCCUAUUUAUGGUGCACUUUUUCGUUUUUUAUCAAUUAAAUCUUGUCCAUGGAAAUGAAUUGUGUUCUUCAUCAAAUGGGAAUGCAACAAAUGCAUUAGAAGAAGGGAUGAAAUUAUACCCAUUAAUUGAUGUAGAGAAAGUGAAGAAGAUGAUGAUAAUGAAUGAAACAAGAAGAAAACUUGGAAGUUUUCAGAUUUGUGCUCCAUGUACAUGUUGUGGUGCUAAAGGUUAUUGCUUGCCUUCACCUUGUUGCUAUGCUAUCAAUUGCAACAUACCAAACAGGCCCUUUGGUUUCUGUUCUUUUACUCCAAAGGUCUGCCAUUGUUUUGGAUGUCAUAUAUGAAUUCAGAAAAAAAAAAGGAAAACAAAAUUAUAAAUUUUGGGGUUUGAAUCUUGUUGGAAAUGUGAAUGGGAUGAAUAUCUGUUCUUGCUUAUGUCUUAAUUUUUUCUUUUACAUAUGAUUAAGGAGUACUCCUAUUGAUUAAUGAUUAUGGUUUGUUGUUAAUUAUACUAUUUACAAGGACAACUAUUUCCAGGUAAGGUUUUGCUACUUGACAUGGUUCUUGUCAGUUUGUGUGUUCAUCUUGUUUGGGACAAGCAAAAUUUGACCCAAGUUUGAAAAAUGGGGAAAGAGUAAAAAAUAAAUUAGCCUUUGUUUUAUCCUUUUAAAUAAAUUUAAGUAUUAUUUAUUUUUUAAAUAAAUCUAUAUAUUCGGUAUAAUUGCUGAAGUAAAAUCAAAUUAUUUUUUAUUUUUAAUUUUUUACUUACAAAAGAUAUUAUAAACAAUAGGUAUUUUUAUUUAUGUCAAAUGUACCGUGAGUUUAUUUAAAAAUAAAUAAUAAGUGAAUUUAUUUUCAGCGAGUAAAUAUUAGUUUGUUAUGGAUAAUUUACCCUUGAAAAAUUGUGGUGUGGAAGUGGCAAAAGUUUGUCUGGAAAUAGGAGUGACCUAAAGGUUUUAGUUAUAGAUUAGUUUGUGUUAGUAGUAGUAAGUAGUAGUACUAGUUAAUUAAGAUGCAUUAUGAAGAUUGUGAUUAAUGUAAUUGAUUUGAUGGUUAAUAAGUACAAUUUAUAUAUUGUAUACUUCAUUUGUUUAAUUAUUAUGAUUAUUUUAUUACUGAAAUUGUUGUUAGUGGACAUCUAAAGAAGAUUUAUUGUAAUUUUGAAGUGUAAUUGCCACUUUCUUUUCUUUCUUUCCACUAAGAUACUCAAUUUGCUUCUUUGAUUGGUUGUGUAUUUAAGAAAGUGAGCUUAAUGUUGAAGAUUUAAGUCUAGCUUAUCAUGAAAGUAAGGUUGAGUAGGAAUGUAGGGUAUUUGAAUACUUGAGGGAUCUUUAUUGCUAUUAUUAAUUUAUUACAAGUCUAUUUAACCAAACAUUCUAUCAUGUACAAGUUCCUUAUCUAGAUAGAACACUAAAUUAUACUUCCUCCGAACCAAUUUAGAUGUCCCAUUUGUUUGGGCAUGGUUAUUAAGAAUGGUGUGGGGUCCAUUAAAAAGGGUAAGUAGUAAAGGGUAAGUAGUGAAGGGUAAAUAGUGAAGGGUAGUUGGGUAAGUAAAGUAUAUGAGGGUAUUUUUUUUAUUACUUGUGUGAACUAAGGAUAUUUAGGUAAAAAAAGAUUGACAAAAAUAGAAAUGGGACAACUAAAAAGACUUUACCAAAUAAGGAAAUGGGACAACUAAAUUGGUUCGGAAUGAACAUUUAGCAAAGAUUGACAAGUCACAACUAUUUUAAUUAUGUUUGUAUUAGUAUAUUAAUAGUGAGUGAGAUAUAGCUCACUUGGUUUCACCAAAACAUGGAUAUUUUGAUUGGUAUGGAAGGGUUUAAGCAUUGCAAUAUGUUUGAUCGUAUAAAUUUUUUAAAAUUUUUUUUUUAAAUUUUAAUAGUAUAUAAUAUACUCGAGUAUUGAAUAUGAU